GAUGGCAAUCAUAACUUACUUUGCUUUCUGGGCGUUGUGAAAAUAUAAAUUCGGUAGUUAGAAGGCAGCCUGUGUGUCUGUGUCGAAUGCAAUUUGUGACUUAUGAGUCGCCUUUUUUUUUCGGUUGUACUUAUUACUGUCGAGGAGAGGCUGUCUUGUCCCCUGACACGAUUGAAUAGACUUCACCCGUGUGGCAGCGAAUGCACUUGUGGUAAAUCGAGGUUUCUUCCAUCCAGAAGCCCAUGUAUGGUCUUCUUCCUAUUCUCAACCCUGAGCAUUUUAGUCAACUGCAAACCCCGUAUAAAACACGACACUGAAGAAACCGAUGCGCAUGUUUUGCUAUUCUGCAAGGUCAAUCAAGAUCGUCGCGCAUUUCCGAUCGCGAUUGAGAAUGUGGGGACAUGGUUACUGGGCGAACCCGGCAUAUCUCGGAGGUUUAGUCAGUAGUAUGAGCAGCAGCGUGAGCAGGAAUUAAUGACGCAUGAUGGUAGGAAUGCGAGAUAAACAGCAUCCCGCAUGAUCAUCGCUCGUGGACUUUCUGCCUCGGAGGGAGGGGGUGUGUAGGUAGGUAUACACCAUUUUGUCUCUGCGGCAAAGGGGUCCCGUC